AUGUAAUAUCAAUAAUCAAUUUUGGCUAUGCUUUAAAGAACUGCAAAGGAUAGUUCAACAAUAUUGAAAACAUACUCGAUUACGCAAGCAUUUAAAUUGCUAGAUGGAUUGGCUUAGAAGAAAGUGGUUACAGCUGUAUCCGUAUACAAGAAGUUGAUUUCAAUUCUGAUUGAGAGUCAGAAUAAUGAAUAUAUAGUGAGAUAAUUCACUUACAUUAUUCAAAAAUAUCCAAGCAUUCCAAUAGAAUUGUUGAUUGAUGGUUUAAUUAAGAAUCAACACCUUAAUAUAUCUGAUUGUGACACUUUAUUAUGUAUUGAGCGCACAUCAGAAUUUAAAAGUAUAAUCAGCAAUAACAAUGUUGGAAUUAUUAAUUAGAAUUUAUAAUAUGCAUUAUUUCCAACUAUAUAACAAAUCAUUCAAAAAUUCAUAGAACUUUCAGAAUUUUAAGAAUAUAUGAAUAGGAUGGCGUAGACAUGUUUAAAUUUAUACGUUAAUUCUGUCAGAUCUAAGAAGACAACCACUAAUCAAUCAAAUUACUAAGAUGAUUCUGUAAUAAAUUCUUAAAGAAGAGCUUAAACUAUAUAGUUAUUUAAAUACAUCAUUUAAUUGAGAUGUUUUUAGAUGAACAAUAUGCUCAAACCAUUAUUUGUGGGAGCACAUCUAGAACUUAGAAGUAUUGAAAAUAGAGACAAUAAGGGUAUCAUAUAAUUGUUGUAAAUGCUCGGAGAUCCAAAUACAAUUGUUGAUGAAUAUGUGACCAAAGAUCAAUAGAUGACUUCUCAAUUAUUUCUCGAAAAGAAAAUGUAGUAAAUGGAAGGUAGUUAAUCAUAAGCCUUGGAAGAUCAAUAUCUUUAGAAAAAUAAGAAACUAUUUGAAAAAGAAGAAGAUUUAGUAAAAUCGUUAUUACUUGAAGAAAAAAAUGAAUCAAAAAAUCCUCAAUAAACAAAAAAGAAGAAAAGAAAUUAUGACUUUGAUGAAUUUCAAUGCGUUUACGAAGAAGGAGAAUUGGCAUACAAACCUUAAGAUGUUUUCUUGAUUGAUUUUUCAUUAGAAGAAGAUGUUGAUAGAGAAUCCAUGAAUAUUGCCAUUAAGCAUUUUUCUAAGACCUUCAGAUAUUUAUUUAAUAAGUAUGCUUCAACUCCCCAAGAGGCUGCUAAGAAUAGAUUAAGAAGUUUAGAUUAAAACUAGUUAGAAUUAAGAUCAUCUGAUAUUGUUAAGAUACUUUAAGAUUAUGAAAUAUUUAAUUUUAGUACUUAUGAGGAAAUUAUAAAUCUUAUCGCAACUGUUAAUCAUAAGUUUAAUCUAUUUAGUUUGAGUUCUCAAGUUAGACAUCUACCAUUAGACAAUUAAACAGAAAAAUAAUCAUCAAUUUCAGCUACUACAUCUAGAACAGUCAAUUAUAGAUUAGAUUUUGAGAAUUUCAAAAAGUUUUUAAUUUAAUUUGCUGUCCUUAUUUUUGGUAGACCUCCUAAAGAUUUUAGAAAAAUGCCUUCUGGACAUGUUUUGGUUGAAUUCUUUAAAUAUUUCUCCUUUGUUGCUAGAAGAAGGAAUGAUAAUCAUCUAAUUUUUGAUGAUCCCGAUGGUGUUACAACUGUGGCUGAUAAAGGUACAAUUCAAAAGUGGAAUGCUUAAUUAUUGUAGAAUCCACACAUAGAAGUACCAGCUGAAACUAGAUUAAAAAAAGUAUAAAUUGAAAGGGUAUCUUUACAAUAUUAAAUGAGAGAUGUUAUGAAAAAUUUAAAUAAAUCCUAUUUAACUUGUUUCGAAAUUGUCAAUGAACUUAUCUAAUCUAAAUUUAAAACUAAUAUUGUAGAACCAACAUUUAAAAUCAAUUUAAUUUAUGAAGUCAAACCGAUUGCAGCAAAAGGAGUGCAUUCUGAACUCAAAGUGGACCCUUUAAUUGAGAAGUAAGAGCAAUUAAAGAAUUCUCUAACUUUAUUGCCUAUAGAGAAAUAAGAGAUUAUGAAUAGAUCCUUAGAUUUAUCUUAAUUAUCUGAAGAGAAGAUCAUUAACAAGAGUAUAGUUGAAAAGAUUGUAUCAAAGCAGGAAGAGGCUUUAAAGAAAGAAUUGAAGGAUCUCAAAUGGCAAAAAAGAAAGGAUUAUCUAGACAAAUAAUAAGAUAGAAUUCAAUAAUUUAAGGAGAAGAAGGAAGAAACAAGAUUUAAUGAUUCUCAAUUAGUUGGUGAGUCAUUGAGAGAGUAGAAACCAAGACAUAUAGAUUAUAUGAAUAAUUUAAAGAAAGAGUUAAGAAAGAAUUAAUCAGAAGUUAUUCUUAAAAAUUCAUAACCGCAACAUGAAGAGAAAAAGGAUAAUAAAAAGAAGCCUUAGCCUUUAUAAUAAUAGGAUAAUAAAUAAAAAUAAUAACCUUAGGCACCCGAAAAGAAAAUCUCAAAAGAAGAAAAGGCGGAAAUUAGAUUUAAAGCAAGAACCACUGAAAUGGCUGCUCAUUACAAAACAUCUUUAGAGAAAAAGGAAAAACUAAAUGAAAAGUUUUAGAAUUUUUAUAAAGAUACAAAAGUUUAGGCUGAAUUCAAACACUUUAGAUCAUCUGGAAGUGUGGCAUUUAAUCAUUAUCUUAAGUAUUCUGAUGCUUGGAAUUAUAGUGGUAAAAAGAUUGUGUUGUAGGGAUGGUUAGAUUUUGCAAAUGCUUUCAAUUUAAUGUAGGUAUUCAAUGAAGAAUAAUUGAUAAAAGUGUUUACUAAUACUUUAAAGUAAAAGAAUUAUGUAGCUCAUCGGGAAGCAGUCUAAAAGAAUUUAAAGUAUCAAGAUGAAAUAGGUUUAACAUAUUUUGAAUUUGAAUACAUGUUAUUGAAAAUAGCCAUAAUGGGUUAGGACUACUUUAAUGCUAUUUAAAGUGGCAAGAAACUAGAUGACAAUUUAAAAUAAUUAAUUAUUUAUAAGGAGAAAUAAAGUAAAAAACCCAAAAUUAAACACAAAUAUGUUGAAAUGUUGGAAGAAAAUAUGAAUAAAACUACGAGCUUUACUUUAGCAGCAUGCUUAGCUUAUUUGGAUAUCCCUUAGAAUAAGGAUCUGUUUGCCGGUAAACUGAGAUCGAUUGAAGGUGAUGAUAUUAUAGAAGAGACAAAGCCAAAAUACUAAUCAGUUGACUUAUAAUCAUUGAAAAAGAAACAAGGACUACCAGAGAGUCCAUAAUUAAAGAAGAGUAGUAAAUGGUCAGAGCCAGGAACACAUGGAAAGGCUUAACCAGAGAAGAAACCCAUGUCAGAAUCUUAAUUUAAGUUGCCUUAUCUUCCUAAAGACGCUAAGACUAAAGAGUUGCUUGAAGUAACAAAAAAAUGGGAAGAGGAGAAGAAGAAAAAGUGA